AUGUCAGAUAAAAUAGUUAUGCGUCAUGUUCGAGUAGCACUGCAAGUGAUAGGUUUGUGGCCAGGUUACACAAGCUCAGUUGGAUUUGUUAUAGCAAUUACUUGGCUCCUGACGUGCUUAACAUUUCAGUUAUGGCACGCGGCAGUUGUUUUUAGCAAACUCGAUGCUUUAAUGGGCAAUUUAGGGGCAACAAUGGCGGUAGCCACGGCGACACUCAAGUUGAUCGCGUUCCACGUGAAAGGCAGAAAUGUAAAAAUAGUAAUAAAAGAAAUCUUAAAUGAUUGGGCAUAUGAAAAUCGAUCUUCCAAUUGUGAAGUCAUGGUACAAAACACUAAACGUGCUAAGUACUUGACCAAAUGGAUUACUGGAGCGUAUAAUGCGACCGUGAUAACUUAUUUGGUAAAUGCUAUUAUAGCAUACUGUUCCGGAAUCACUGAACAGAGGUUGUAUGUUCUGCCUUCGAAAUUCCCAUCUUUUUGUAAGCAAUCGCCUGUAUUUGAGAUCGUAUGCUUCUUUCAAUUUUCCGCGGCCCUUAUCAGUACUAACGUCCAAGUUUUGGUAGAAGGAAUGCUGACUGUAUUGGUUUUACACGCAGGUACUAAGGUUUUUCUACUUCAAAAAGAAAUACAAAAGUUGUCAGUUAUUUGUCAAUCGAAAACUAACAACAAAGAAGUUAUAUCGAAGUCGACAAUAGCAUUAAUUAAUAAACAUUUGAAUUUCAUUAAAUUUGUUAAAGAAGUCAAGGAUAUUUAUUACUUCAUUUCAUUUGUUCAUGUUUUUACGUUUACCUUUUUGCACGUUAUUGUUGGAUACAUGUUUAUUGAUACAUUAGAGCGUGGAGACAGGUCCAUCAAAUUAUUUCUUUAUGGAUUAUUUACAACAAGAGCCUUAGCGAGUACUACGAUCUAUUGUAUUGCUGGCGAAUAUCUCAUGAAUCAGAGUAUGCGAAUCUUCGAUGAACUAUACAACAGUGCUUGGUACGAAUUCGAUGUUCCGAACAUCAAAGCAAUCACCUUCAUGAUAAUGAAAGCUCGCAAUGCUACAUCACUUACGCCAGCAAGUUUUGGCCAGUUAUCACUCUUUUAUUUAACAAGUGUAAUAAGGACUUCGUUUUCUAUUCUUUCAUUAACUAGAGCAACUCGAUGA